CCUGACUUUCAAGUUUCAUACUCUUGUGAGUUUGUCUUUGUGACUUGUCUCUUAGAUUUACAUUUUACGGAUUAUCCUGGAGUUGCCGGUUAUUGCUGCCGUUGGACUAGUAUGAGGUUACCUAAAAUUGAUAUAAUAAUGUUGUGAAAUGUCCUGAAAGUUUUCAACUUCUGAACUUUUCAAGAACGGCUAAAAAGUACGCUAUUAUUCAGUACAACUUUAAACGCAUUAGGAAAGAAAAUGUAUUCAAGAAUUGCAAAACUACACUGGCAUGGUUUCCCUAAAUAUAUGUCCAAGAGAGGGAACAGCACUGGAAUAUUGAAAAAGAAAGAGAAUCUCUCAAGUGGUUUACUUCCUGGUAAAGUUUAUCAUGGAUUCACAUGUACAAAGGUGGAACCUAUCAAGGAGUACAACAUGACAGCUUAUUUCUUAACACAUGAGAAGACUAAGACUGAAUACUUACAUUUAGAGAGAGAUGAUGCAAACAAUGUUUUCUCUGUUGGUUUCAGAACAACCCCUCUAGACUCCAUGGGCACACCACAUAUAUUGGAACAUACAGUCUUAUGUGGCUCUGAGAAAUACCCAGUGCGAGAUCCAUUUUUUAAAAUGCUUAAUCGAUCACUUGCAACAUUCAUGAAUGCCUUAACAGGGCCAGAUUAUACAUUUUACCCAUUUUCAUCACAGAAUGAGAUAGACUACAGAAACCUUCAAAUGGUGUAUUUAGAUGCUGUGUUUAAACCAAAAUUAGAAAGAUUAGACUUCCUCCAAGAAGGUUGGAGACUGGAGCAUGAAAAAUUAGAAGAUAAAUCAUCUAACUUGACUUUCAAGGGAGUGGUAUACAAUGAAAUGAAAGGGGCUUUCUCAGAAACAAGCUCUUUGUUUGGUCAAAAAUUUAUAAAUGCUAUUCUGCCUAAAGGUACAUAUGGAUAUGUCUCUGGUGGGGACCCUUUAUGCAUUCCAGAGUUAACACAUGAGCAUUUAAAAAACUUUCAUGCUAUGCAUUACCACCCAAGUAAUGCCAGAAUUUUCUCUUAUGGAAACUUUCCCAUUGAGCACAGUUUAAAAUUUGUUAAUGAUGAGUAUCUAAGUAAAUAUGAGUACUUAGACCCUAGCAACACAAUUGUGAACCCACAAGAACGUUGGAAAACAGAGCAGAGACAAAAAAUAUUAUGCAGAGUUGACCAAUAUGGGGCGCCUGCUGAAAAACAAAACCAAAUUGCCAUUGGCUAUGUUAUGUCAGAUAUAACUGAUAUAUAUGACACAUUCACAAUGACUGCAUUGGCAGAAUUGAUGAUAAUUGGCCCAAAUUCAGCAUUUUAUAAGAGUCUCAUAGAAAAAAAUAUCUCUGGAGGCUAUAACUCCCUUACUGGCUAUGAUAACCAAAUAAGAGAUACCCUUUUUGUUGUAGGCUUAAGGGAUGUAGAGGUAUCUAAAUUUGAAACUAUUGAAAAACUUGUAAAUGAAACAAUUGAAGAGAUCCACAGUAGAGGUUUUGAGAAGAAUCAUAUUGAGAGUGUUUUGCACGGAUUUGAAUUAUCAAUUAAACAUCAAUCACCAAAAUUUGGACUUAACUUACUAUUUAAUCUGAUGCCAUUGUGGAACCACAAUGGGCCAGUACUGGAAGCUUUACAAGUGAAUAAUUUAUUGAAACAUGUGAAAUCCAACCUAAUGAGUCCAAAAUAUGUAAAAGACAUUAUUGAAAAGUAUUUCAUCUCAAACAAACAUAAAUUAAUAAUGACAAUGCAACCACAUCCACAGUUUGACAAUAUAUUUAAUGAAGCUGAACUCAAAUUACUGAACUCCAAAAUUAUGGGUUUAACAGCAGAGAGUAAAGAGCAAAUAUAUCAAGAUGGUAUAGAGCUGUCAACAGUACAGAAGAAAGCUGAGAAUUUAGAUGUACUACCUUGCUUAAAGAUUGAUGAAAUAAUUCUAAACAAAACUGCACCGACUUUAAAGCACACAGUUUCAGGAACAAUACCAUUACAACUAUGCGAGGCUAAUACAAAUGGUGUAACAUAUCUCAAGGGAAUUCUUGGAUCUGAUGGACUUAAUGAUAAACAGAGAUCAAUUUUACCAUUAUUCAAUUUUGUACUUGACAAAUUUGAUACAACAACAUACAAUUAUAGAGAGUUUGAUUCAUAUGUGAGUAAAACAACCUCAGGGCUAAGUGUUGUUGCACAUAUAACUGAGCAUAUUGAUUUGCAGGAACAGUAUGAGCAAGGUGUCCUUAUCAGCAGUCACUGUCUGGAUGAAAAUCUUCCAAAAAUGCUUGACAUUUGGAAAGAAAUAUUAGACAAACCUAAAUUUGAUAACAGUGAAAGAAUGGCAAUGCUUUUCAGUAACUAUUGUUCAUCACUGACUAGUGGGAUCAUAGAUAACGGGCAUACAUAUGCUAUGCAAUCUGCCAGAUCUCUGAUUUCAUCAGUGGAUGAAUGCAAAGAUAAUUUGCUUGGGAUUAAAAAUAUAAUGAAGAUGCAAGAAGUGCAAAAGCAAUAUAAAAUAGAAGAAAUACAAGAUAUAGUUGAUAGUAUUGGAAAUGUAGUUCUUAAGGGCUCUAACUUAAGAGCUGCAGUUCAUUUCUCAAACACAAAUAGUGACAUUGCUAAUGAAAUCGAUAAGUUUUGUCUAAGUUUGUGUGAGGGACAUGAAUGCAAAGAGGUAAAUAGAAUCAAUUUUACUGAUUCAAAGAUUACAAAUAAGGAUAAUCGUGGCCUACAUGUAUGUAUGAACAUUCCUGUCAAUUACUGUGCUAAAGCUAUACCAACAAUACCAUACACACAUCCAGACUAUCCCAAGCUUCGUGUAUUGUCUAGAUUUUUAACAUCCAAGUACCUUCAUCCUAUUGUUCGGGAGAAAAAUGGGGCAUAUGGUGGUGGAUCCAUGAUAACAAUGGAUGGUGUGUUCAACUUUUAUUCAUAUAGAGACCCGAACUCACGGCUGACUCUCGAUGUUUUUGAUGAUACAACAGAUUGGAUGUCGAAGAACUCCUCUCUAGUUGAUGAACAAAAUUUAUUUGAAGCCAAAUUGUCGAUAUUGCAGCAAAUGGAUGCGCCAGUUGCAGAGUAUAUGAGAGGCACGGAGCUCUUCUUGUUUGGGCUGUCCUAUGACAUUUGGAAAACACAGAGGGAGAGAGUGUUGGCUGUAACUAAAGAAGACUUACUUGAAGUCUGCAAGAAGUAUUUAGGUCAAGAUAAAUGGGCAGGGAAAUGUGUGAUUGGUGACGGUGCAUCUCAGCAGCUACGUAAGAAAGAUGAGACAUGGGAGAGAGUUACUGGUCCCCGAGAUUAACUGUAUUGGUAAUAGAAUCUGGUUAUGGCUUGGACUUGGUGGACCAUUGGCAAAGAGCCAAAGCACCACCAAUAGACUGACAAAGAACAGAAAAACUUGGCUGAUUAUUACUGAUUAGAUCACAUUGGAGUCUUCAAUUGUUUCAUGUACUACUUACUUAUUAUGCAUCAUUGUAGUCAUAACUUGGUAUAUUUCUAAACUAUUAUGUGUCUUGAUAAAAUUAUCACUUUAACACUUCAUCACUCUGAAAGAGUAUAUAUAUUUAGUCCUGAUAAAUUAUUUAUAUGAGUUGUGUGAGCAAAUACAUAAUAAACAACUACUAAAUUAAGAACUCCUAUUUGUAUGACAACUAUAUUUCUGCACACUACUUUUCAGAUCAGGCUUUGUGAAUGGACUAUACUGAUAAUAAUUAAUUGCUGCUAUUAGAGGCAUUAAUCACAUAAUUGGUAUAUUAUUUAAUCAAAAUAAUAUUGACUGAGAUUGGUGUGUGUAUUUUUACCUAUAACAAAGUUAAAAUAUAAUUAAACAAAACCCCUUUGCAACUACUUGAAGCUUGAACACGAGGAUUCUUACUUGUGCUUACAUUUGCUUGGCAUUGUGCACUGUAGGUCAAUGUUCAAAGUGAAAAAUGAAGUCCACAAGUCUCUAGUUAUCACAAAUGGGUAGCAGUAAUUAUAAGUACAUAUUAUAUUGUGAUAAAAUAUUUAAUGUUAUGCAAUUUACAACUAGUUAUGUAUUCAAAUUCUAAAGGAGUUAUAAACAGUUCAUAUUAUAUAAUACUAUGCCAGCAACAUAAUUUCAAUUAUGCGCCGAAGCUGUGACAUCCAUUUUGGUAUUUUCUUUGCAGUUUUGCUGGAACACAAAUAAUUAGUUAUAGAAUAACAAUCUGUAGACACAGAAACCUAUAUGUACUAUAAUCCUAGUCACUAUUUGUCUCUUUGUUUCACUUCUAUUUUGUCUAAAGCAUUUGCAAUUAAAUUUUAUGUGUUAAAUAAAGCCAUGCUUUUAAUGUAAUAGUCUAUUUGACAAGACUACACUGCAGCCUAUUCUAUAUUUGGAGACACUAACAGAAUGGGCAUAGAUGGAGUCUACAACACAUUACAAACAGACAAUCUGACGGGACAUAGAUGCAUGACCUUGCUACAGCGACACUUCUGUCAUGUUCCAGACAUUGCCCUGAUUUGUAGACCUUUAAUGUUGUCUUAAAACAAGUUAUUGCUAGAGUAUUUACUAAGGAGUUUGUUAUGUUGUAGUUAUUGCAUUUGUUGUGUCGAAAGUGUUAGUUAUUUUCAUGUUUAUUAUGGAUACUUAUAAUAAAUUAAUGAAUGAAC